GUCUAUAUAUACCCACGGCCAUAAUUGAUUCCCCCAGAAAUAAAGGGCAAGUGCAAAAUGCACUUUACACGCCCCCUUUACCAACCCCAACUCUGGCAGAAAACCCUCCCAUCCCUCAAAUCCACACAUCUCAAAAGCAUUGCCCAAGCAGCGGGAAUCAAAUUCGCAGGGCCCAAAGCCUCCGUUCUAGAACGGAUACAGGGAGAACUAUCAAGACAUGAAGCCGGGAAGAAGCAGCAGAGUGAAAAUGAGAGAGAUAAGGGGCUGAGCGUGCUGAGCAUCGACAUGGGGAUUCGGAAUCUAGCCUUUGCGCAUCUAACAGUCCCCUCAUCUUCUUCCCCAACUUCAACACCAGCGAAGAGACCAGUCGUCACGUUGAACGCAUGGCACCGCAUAGACAUUAGCACCAACCAGCUCUCCACAUCCAUAUCCCCAGGGCUUAUAAACCCAUCACUCUCGAAGCUAGAAAGAACAAAAGAAAAACAACAAAAAGAAGCCCACACCAUGAAUGAAAUCUACACACCAGACUUCUACGCCCAAAAUGCCUACACCUUCCUCACUACACUCCUGGAGAAGUACCAGCCCACGCACAUCCUCAUCGAGCGCCAGCGGUUUCGCUCCGCGAGCGGUGCGGCGGUGCAGGAGUGGUCGUUGCGCGUGGGUGUGUUUGAAGGUGUACUUUAUGCGGUGCUGUAUACGCUAGCUAGACAGCGGCGGCUGGGUCUUUCUUCUUACGAGCCGGCACCUCUUAGUGGGUUCUUUGGGUCUGGGAAUUUCGUCGAUUUUGGGCCUGGUCCUGUUGUUAACGGGAUAGAGCCCUCGCGGGUGCUGCGCUACUGGGGUGAGCGCAUGGUCUUCAAAAGUUUCUUCCUCGAGGGGAAGGAGAAGAAGACUGCCAGGGAUGGCAAGAAGGUUAAGAUUGAUCUUGUAGGGCACUGGCUCGAUCCUGAGCAUCCAUUAACAGACGAAGUUGACAAGGGCGGGAAUCUGUCGACAGACCUUAUUGUUGGGGAGGAUGUUGAGUUGAAUGAUACUUUACAUGCUUAUUUAACAAAGUGGCAUAAGAAGCGUGCGAAGGAUAAGGGAAAGGAAAUUGGAAAGUUGGAUGAUUUGGCGGAUUGUCUUUUGCAGGGCAUGACUUGGUUGGAGUGGCAGGUUAUGAGGGAUAGAAUCUUGAAGGAGGGGGUUGAUUUUCUUUUUGAAGAUAGGAGUUGAUUCUAUACAGUGUCCUCCAGGUAAUGUCCAUUAUUGUAAGCACGGAAGAUCAAGAUAAAGGCAAUCUUGGGGUCAGCAUAAUGAACGCCUCCCAACCUCCUAAUUACUUCGCAUCGUUCCUCCAUGCUGAAAACAUCUUGGACAAUAGCCCCGCCUAUUUCUCUUACUCUACCCCUUAUUAUAUGCAAAACCCGGA